AACUUUUCAAUUUAUUGUUUUUAUAGAAGGUGGAGAAACUUCCUCCACUAAUAGUGCAAACAAGAGAUUAAAGUGAGGGAGAAAAAAAUGGCAACAGAAAUUCUCAAAGUUUAUGGUGAUCGGAAAUCUCAACCAACGCGUGCUAUCUUAAUAUUUUGCAAAGCUAAUGGAAUCAACUUUGAGGAAGUGGAAAUUAAACUCUUCAGUGGUGAUGCCCAAACUCCGGAAUUUCAAGCAAUCAAUCCAUUGAAGAAAGUCCCAGCAAUAUCUCAUGGAGAUUUUAGUCUCUUUGAGAGCCAUGCCAUCCUCACAUACCUUGCUUGUUGGUAUCAAGUGUCUGAUCACUGGUAUCCAACUGACCUUCGCAAGAGGGCUAAGAUUCAAUGCGUGUUGGACUGGCACCACACAACCUUACGCUAUGGGUCAACAAGAUACCUGAUAAACACAGUAUUGGCGCCUGUCUUUGGAAAAUCUCCAAAUCCUGAAGCUGCAGCUGAAUAUGAACAGAAGUUGGUCGAAUCCUUUUCUACCAUUGAGACAUUGUGGCUUAAGAGCGACGCCAAAUUCUUGUUAGGCAACGAUAAACCUUCUGUUGCUGAUCUUUCUCUCGUUUGCGAAAUCAUGCAACUUCAUAUGAUAUCUGAGGAGAAAAGAAACCGAAUUUUAGGCCCAUACAAGAAAGUUCAGCAAUGGAUUGAGAAUGUGAAAGUGGCUAUGGAUCCUCAUUUUGAUGAAGUUCACCAACAUCUAUUGGAUGCUAUUGCCACCUUUGAGCAGAAGCCUUAAUAAUAGGAAAUUUGAUUAUCUAUGUGUUGUUUGCAGAUACAACUUCUCUGAUAGAGUAUAGAUUUAUUCCUGGAGCCUCAAUGGAUUGAGGCUCCAGGAAUAAGCUGAUGGUUGAGGCCUCAGGAAUAGAUUUAUACUCUGUCAUUCUCCUUUAAACUUUUACAUCUCUUUGCAUUAUAUAUUGUCAAUUUUUCAAAUAUAUAUUUAAUAAGAGAAAAAGAAAUAUGUGUCAUUUCUUUUUAUUCC